AUGUCCCAUCCACCGUCCAACUUCUCUUGGGUUUCGAAAUCUGUAGCCGGGUUCGCCUUUCCAUGGGAAAAGUAUGAGCUAGAAUAUCUAGUAGACAACGCUGGGAUAAGCCAUAUAAUUACUUUGUGCCAUGAAGUUCCCCAGUACAUUUCGGAUUUUACGUCGGUUAAACAUUAUCACUUACCUGUCGAAGAUUUAACCUCUGCAAGCUUGCCUGUUAUUCAGAAAGCAAUGGAAAUUAUCAAACGAGCUGAAACAAAUAAUGAAAAAGUUGGAGUUCAUUGUCAACUGGGUAGAGGUCGUGCGGGAACAAUUUUAGCGUGCUAUCUUGCCUACAAAAACAAUCUUGAUGCCAAUCAAGCCAUUAUAGAAUUGCGUCGACUUAGGCCAAAAUCAAUUGACGAUGAACAGGAAGAAGCUGUGAGACGAUAUGUGAAGUCAAUCAAACAGUAAUGACGUAAAUUGGUUGACGAAAACGUGUUACUCAUACAACAAAUUGUAAUUUAAAUGGUUCCUUUUUAAAGGGGCCCAUUCAUUGUUACAGUGGGAAAAAAAUCACUAGUCGUUUUAAACCAUUUCUUAUUCUUAUUUUAUCAUUUCGCAUCCGACAAGAAACACAGUUCUGUUAUAUUGACUGGAAAUCUUAUUUUCUAGUAUCUUCUCAUGUGUUCAGUAUGUUGGUCAAUGAUACUGUCUACUUUUUGGUAUUUCCUCAAUCAGUUUCCUAAGCGAAUUAUCAGUUCAAUCAAAUUAGUCAUUCCGAUAACCCAUUAUGUAUUAGGUUAUCAUAACACCUAACUAUUCAUGAAAACUACUAACCUUGUCUUUAACUAAAACUGUCUGCCCAAUAUUCAUCAUUGUAGUGUAACAAUUCAUCAUCAACGACUACUGUAUAAGAUCACAAUUAUUCAACUAGAGAAGACUUGUUCAAACUUCUGAAUUACCUACUUUGUAACUGUAAAAAUUUGCAAUAACGGUCACCGUUUUAGGUUUGUUUUAACUGUUUGCACAUGCAGCUUAUAGUACAUUUAUCAUACUGAAACGUUGGAAUUAGUUGGAAGGAAAGCUUAUGUCUGGAUUGUCUGUUAGCUAAGGCUCAUCAGGGAAUUUUAUUUUUGACCACAAAAAUUCGGAUGGUGCUCAUUUUACACUAAAUCAAAUGCCAGUUUCUAUUCACUUUGUUUAUGUUACUUGUUUCGGUAAACAUUUUAGACUGUGAAUGCUUGUUUUUUUUAUAAAACAUGUGUCUAUUGCGUUUCCCAAUCGGGUAGUGAUAUGGUAAGCCAAUCAGAAGUAGCCAAAUGAGGUCAGUCGGUUUCAAUCAGAAGUGACCUGAAGGACAAGUGUAUAUCAUUGGCUAAGAAAUUAAUUUCCUAAGGGAUAGAGUUAUAUAUAUAAUGAGUAUUUGUGCAUUUUAUUGGAUAGCCCAAUAUACUUUCUCGUUCACUCUUAUGUCGUCGCUCAAAGUAGUCAGUUGGGGGGAUAGUGUGUGUCAUAUCGUGUAUCAGUAUCAGAUUUCGGAUACCACCUAUCAUAACAGGUAGUACCAUCAAGUGUUUGUUAACAUAACCUUCUAUAUGAUCGAAUGGGAUUCACUUAAUGCAUCAGAGAAUUUCAAUAGAUAAUGAUUCACUUUAUCGGAUUCUACGUAAUAGAUCAUAGACUUUCCAAUGUUACUGGCAGUGUAGGUAGUUUUAAUGUUGUGAUGCGAAUUACAAAAACUAGUCCUCAACUCUAGUCUGUGCAAUAUCAGGAUUUAUUUUGGCUGUUCUAAAUAGUAAUAAUAAUAUACAACUACUGGUUUCUUGAAUCGAAUUUCCAAACAAAAGUGUAUAUCGUUUUAGGUCACUUAAUUUCAAGUUCCAUCAGAUUUACAUUUAUUCUUUAUAAUGUGUCAUUAUUUGUGGUUGUCUUUUUCUAAUCGGCAACCAAACAAUUCGAUUCAUUUGCGUUAACUUUCUCAUGUGUAAUUUCAUUACUCCGUUACGGUGAGUCAUAUUGCGUUUAUGUUGUUUGCGCUCAUUUCAUUUGAUGGUUUAGCUUCAUUUUCUUCUUGUUUAAACUUCUUGAAAAGUUUAAAUUAUCAAAAAACCUAACUGUAGAUUUAAUCAUUUUGAACAGCACAUUGUAACUCUUGACAGUUGAUCCUUUUGUUCUUACGACUUGUGAAUUCAAAUGUUCUUGCUUUAAAGCAUGUUGACCACCUGUUAAACAGGACUCAUAGAAAGAUUUUGUUAAACUUUUAUUAUAUAUAUAUAUUAUCUGGAAUACAAUUAAUUUAACACCAACUUAUAAAAUAUAUUUCUACUUUAGCUA